AUAAGUGACAGCAGUAAAUGUUAGUUGAAUUCACUGUCUGUGUAUUCAAAAGGGGAAAAAAACAAGACAAUCACCACAUCACAAAGAAGUGCCAGCACCUCACACAGCAAUAUGCAGAAUCUAAAGGGGCAGCCGUGAUAUUUAUGAGACACUUACUAGUGUCUGCUGACCGGAAAAUUUGGUCCACAGAAUGCUGAGGACUCACAGACUAACAUUUCCUGACAAGAAAGCGGAACUAAAAUUGUACAAGUGUAAUCACUGUUCACCUGACACUGUUUACCACGGUUAGUAGCACUGUAGAAUGUUAUAAAUCGUGAUCAAAUAAUUUAAAUUUUUGGUAUCUUUUUAAAAAGAACACGAGUCCCUAGCUUGUUAAAAUACAAAAAGCUCUCAUACUCUGAACUCCUCAAUUCUGUAAAGUGACUUGAGUGACUAGAGCAAAUAGUUCUGUCAAGUCAAAUCGUUAUAUUCUAAAGCAGGGUUCCCCACCAUGGCACCCACUAAGCUUUUCAGAAAGUGGGUGGGGUCAUUGUAAAGCAGGGCUUGUUAUUAGCUGCCCUCAUUCAAAUGAAAGGGUUUUCUAUGGUUGCGAUAGCAGCUGCAGCCACUGGAGAAUCGGGGACUGGUGAGUACCGACAUUAAUAUGUGGAUCUAAUCUGUCUUCAGGCUUUUGUUCUUUCUAUUCCCCCUACUCCGUCUGUGAUUCUUUUUCAAAGUGAGAAGGGAGGUAUGUUUGGCCCUGCCUCCUGUGACAGCCAUUUUGGGGUUGACUCUGCCUCCUGCAGCAGCCCUUUUGAGAUUGUGCUCACCUCCUCCUCAAAAUUCCAGUGGUGCCCACAGGCUCAAAAAGGACAGGGACACCUUUUCUACAGAUACGCAGUGAAGUUCCUUAGAUGUGUAGUAUGUUUGUGCUUAAGAAUUUGACAUAGAAAAUAUGGACACUGCUCUGGGUUUUUCAGAGGAAGGGAAGGAUAAACAUUUAAUAAACACUUUAUAGUUGCAUUGGUUCUCUCAUUAUAGUUGGAAUUCAUUACCACAUGGAAAUGACUGCCGGCUUAAGCAGCAAGGACAGGUUUUGCAGUGGCUAUGAGCCAUAAUAUCUAAAAGGAAUCUUCAUGUUCAGAGGCUUCUGAGUACCAGAUACUAGGUAGAAAAAACAACAACAAGCUUGCAAGCUUCAACAACUAUCUGGCUGUCUGCUGUUAGAAACAAAAAUCUUGCCUUGUCUACAUGUGCUUCAGUCUGAUACAGCAAGGCAAUUUCCACGUUCUCUUUGCUCUACGCUUUCACACCAUCUGCUGCAUAACACAUGUACAACCAAGUCAGUGAUGCACUAAGCUGUUCAGUACAUAUUUCAAAGGUGGCAAUUUUUGUAAGGCACUCACUUCGUCAGGUGAUAGCAUAUCUUAGGAAGUGAGCAGUGAUGUACGAAAGCUCACGUUAAAAUGAAUGUAGUUACUCUUUUAAGGUGCCACUGGAUUGCCUUUUGUUUUUGAAAGGUGUUCUAAAAAAGUCUUAUUCUCACUGCACUCUUACAGUUAGAUAGCUCCAUGGUAAAAAAAAAAAGUUACUGGGUUGUAUCCAACUCCUGUUUUCCACCACUGACAGUGUACUUCUCUUGGUGGAGGGGCAUGGAAGCAAAGACUUCGCUUUGCUUCCUAUGCUAUUUAGAAGGAUUCACUGAACUACUAAAACUGAAUUAUGAGCAAUUCAAUGGGCUACAGUGGAAAAAAAGAAUUAGAAAGGAAUCAUAGCAUUGGAAGGGACCUCCAGGAUCAUCUAAUUCAACCCCCUGCAUAAUGCAGGGAAUUCACAACUACCUCUCCCCACACCCCUAGUGACCCGAGAAGAUCGGCAUGGUUCUCUGAGCUGCCUUCUUCUUGCAGUUACUGGGUAUGUUACAUUAGUACUGAAGAGCCAACAUAACCUCAUGAGUCAUCCUCUGUGACCAAGUUAAAUUUUAAAAUCCUUAUUGUUAAGACAUCUAAAUAACAGUGAGAGACUUUUAGAAUAUUGGUUUUAUUUUUUUCACUGGAUAAUAAGCAAAUCUGGGCCCAGGAAGCCCUUUAACAUCAGCAGUCACUUUCCUAAGAAUAUAUGUGCAGUUUCAACAAUUAGCAUUUCUCUUUUCUUGGGAGUAUGGGAAGAAAACAAUUAUGAUACUGGAACUAGAUCCAGAUAAACUUUGCAAGAGGCAAUUUGCCUGUGCUAGGGGAAAUUGGUGCGAUGCUCUUGUGAUACACUAAGGCAAUGGACAGUAUAAAGUAUUUUGAUGCCAGAUCAAUUAACAAGCUUACUCAAUAUGAUACCAGAGAAAGAAGAAAUCCAUCUCAUUCUUAGUUCAUUCACCUCCCAAGGAACUCAAGGCAGUGUGGCCCCCCGCCCCAGUUUUUAUCUUCAUAAACCUGUGAAGUAGGGGCUGACAGAGUGACCACCAGGGUCAUGGUCAAGUAUGGACUAGAGGCGAGGUCUCCUUAGUCGUCAUGCAGCACUUUCUCCACAAAUAUCAGACUGGCUCUCAUCAUCAAGAUACUCAAAACCAGAGAAUGCAAAAUGAUUCUUUGCAUGAGUUCAUCAGGAAAUAGCCACUGAAUAAAGGACAUACUUAAGGCUCACCUUACUUACUCAUUAGAUCUCUGACAAGAAGAUAAAAGGCUGAAAAGGCAAUCAUUGCAUAUAAGGAAGGAGGCUUUAAUGAGGAUGUUCUACACAAGCCCUUGGGCUGAUAAUAAACAUCGUCAGAUGUACAAGUUUUUUAAAAAAAUGUUAAAAGCAGCAACUGAAGUCACUCGAGUGGAACCCAAGUCUCUGUUUAAAUAUCAUGAAAAAGAAAAGGUGAAGAUCAACAGCCAAGUGAGCCACAGUUAAAUGGAAACAUUCAACAUAACUGGUCCAAUGAUGGCUCUUUAGUGCUCUUAAGACAUUAGGUCUGCAAACACACUGUCAUGUUCCUGCAUGCGAGUCAUGAGUGCUAUAAUUCUUUCAUCACCUGACACAUUUCAACAUUAUGGAAAAAGAAAUUUCCCCAUUUCCAACCACAACUAAAAUUACAUGAACUCACUUGAACUUGGCAGAAAUAGAAAUAAAUCCUACAAGGUACUAUUCCCUAUCUUCCCCCUCUUACAGUAACCACACUGAAGCAUAAUAUGAGAAUGGUUCAAAUAUCCCACAGAAAUUAGAUUCUCCUGAGGCUCUGUAGCAAGGGUUGGUGCUUCGCAGUUCUAUACACACCUACUUCCUGCAAUCUCAGCAAUUAACUAAUAGUGUAAAUCCCAGCUUCUGACGUGAUUGAGUCAGCAAGGGCUUGGCACAGAAUGCACACAAAGGAACUGCAGCUUGAAAAACAAAUGAGGAGCUGAUGAGAAAGAAAUGGUGAGAAAAGAGCAACACUGAAGGAAAGGUGUUCAAGAAGGAAAGUGGAGGAGAUACAGCCACUGUCCCAAGACAGGAAACCACUGACACGGGCAUGCUGAUUGCGCUUCCUUCACAAAUCCACUCUUGGCUCCUUCCCUGUCCACCAUCUCACAGAAUUCUAAAGAAAGGAGAUGUUUCCGACUUUGAGAGCCUCAAGUUAGCUUGAGACCAAGACUGAGGCCUCUUCCCUGUGGAGUUGCUAAACACCAGUCUUUUACUACAUUCCUCACUAUGGACACCUGGCGGAGAGGAUCCAUCAGGUCCUCAGGCUUCUUCAAGCGCCUCUCACUCCGAAGGAAUAAGAAACUGGGCAGUCAAGUCAUCUUGAACCAGAACAACCAUACACUAGACUCCGAUGGACAAUAUAACAAAAGGGAGCACCUAAAAGACCUGAAGGGGAAGUCAAACUACCUGUCAUAUCAGAGUGAGCAAAACCUAGCCACCAAGAUGCAGCCGCCUCCCAAACCACCUCGGCUGUACCUGGACAGUGCCAGUUGCCCCAAUAUAACAGACCACACUGAUUCACCCUCUGCAGCCAACUCUUUUCCAAGCACUUCAUGUCACUCCCAUAAGGCCACUCAGACACAGUCAGAUCUUUUUCACAAAAACCAAGCUAUGGACUGGUGCCACUCUGAAACCAUCUCAAGGCAUGGUCCACCUGAUCCAUCUGACCCUUUCUUUUCUUUCAAACUAGACUUGGGACCCUCGCUUCUUGAAGACAUUCUACAGACACUCAAGAACCAGAAUUUACUAUUGCAUUAAUUACCACUUUAGCUGAUCUAACUGAACCAAAGGGAUUAAUAAUCCUCCUGGACUAUUGGUUCUUCUUCACUGUCAGUACGCAGCCCAAGGCGUUUUAGUUGGACCAUUCCCACUGACUGCCUUCUAGAGUACACUAACCAGAAGAAAGCAUUAUCAUGUGUUGGAUACCAUUAGAAACACUUCCAUUUCUCACAUUUGUAAUCUUUUCCCCUUUUGUAUCCUAGUGUAUUUCAGUCUGAUGCACAGAGAAUGCUUGUACCCUUGAACCAUUUCAGAGAUGAGAGCAAAUGUGCAUAUGCAGGAAGAGUGGGUUUUUGUGGCACAAGGAGGAUCUCACAGGUUUGUCUGAACAUCAUCUCCACAAUCUCAGUUAGGGGCAUCUCAAAGCCAAAGCUCAGCAUAAAAGACUAGUUCAGAAAAAAAACAGAAGAGCCUUGAAACUAGAAGCAGUGGCAAUUAAAAUAUAAAAAUUGUCCUCCUUUAUUCCAGUGCAUACUCUUCCUCAUUAGUUCCAAUUAUUGAGCUCAUUUAAGCAACUGAAAAGUUACUGUAAAGGAAUUAUUGCUCUUUCUAGUCAUCAAAGGAGAAAGGAAUAUAUAACAGUUGUUUGUGAAAUAGUAAUUUGUAAAUAAAUGAGCCAGAAAGUGUAUAUUCCUGUCCCUAUUAAAAAUAUUUAGCAGCA